UGUUUCCGCUGCUUCUCUCCGCACGGUCAAUAGGAGGCGCUGUCCCGCGCUCUCACGAGCUGACGCGCCAGUCUAGGCUGCAGCAAGCGCGGCGCCGAGCAUGGCGACCGCGACGGGAGCCUUUCCGUGCGGGACGGUCGAGAGCCUUCAGCGGAAGAUGUCGCUGCGGAGAUGUGAACUCUGUAAUACAGAAGCAGCAAAAUACAGAUGCCCUCGAUGUAUGAAAUAUUCAUGCAGUUUGGCUUGUGUAAAAAAACAUAAAGCUUUAUACAGCUGUAAUGGAAUCAGAGAAAAAGCAGCCUUUGUUUCAGUGAAUGAGUUCAGCAACUUAACUCUUCUAAGUGAUUAUCGAUUUCUAGAAGACGUGGGAAGAAUGACUGACCGAGCUGCUCGAGAUACUAUUUCUCAUAAACCCAAAAGCAAUCGAUUUGUAAAUUUUCUGAGAAACCGAGCUCGAAGAUGCAAGAUCUGCUUGCAAACUUUACCGAUUGGCUUCACAAAGAGACGAGAGAAUUCUACUUUCUAUAGCAAUAAGGAACAAAAGUUCUACUGGCACUUGAAGCUUAUAUUUCCUCAGAGUCAUGCUAAAUUCACAGAGCAAAGGGUCCCAGAUGAUAAACCUUUGUGUGAUAUUUUGAAGACAUAUAUUGAUCCUCAAGAAGCUGAUCUUGUCAAGCAGCAAAGUUUUUAUUGCAGAUUAAAAAUCUACACAGUGUCUCCCCAGUCAGACAUACAAAUUUUGUUGAAAGUAGAAAAUAGGCCUCAUAAUUCUAUCAGGAGACUACAACUGCCAGAGGUUUCAACCAUCUUGGAUGGAAAUGCUGGUUGUUGUGGAGCCAGAACAUAUGGAGAGUGCCAACUUGGGAAAUGCUUUGUUUCAGUAAAUGCAAAAUAAGAUUGAACAUACACAACUGCAAACAAGUUGUUAACCAAGGAAUGUGUUUAUCCUUUCUCUAUCAACGUUAUUUCCUUUUAGAAUAUUUAAUUCCAGUCUAUCCAUUCAAUUAAUUUUAAUUUUUCCUAAGAAGAUAUGAACCUUUUCUAUUCCUUUCAGUUUCAUAUUAGUUUUUAAAAGAUUCCUUAUGGUCUCUGCAGGCCCUGUUAUGUAUUAUUACAUUUGAAAAGGAAGUUGUAUGAAUAGUUAAUGAUACUGUUUUCUGGGACUUCCUAACUUGCUGCAUUUCCUCCUAUUGUGCCUCAGUUUUGCAUAUUUUACUACUUAUACACAUUCCUGAGUUUCAGUCCCAUUGCCCUGUGGCAUUCAUUAAAGCAACCUUUAAUGAGUGAAAUGAUGGUGCUAUUCUUUAUUAUUUCAUUGGUGAUCAUUUCUGAAUGAGCUUGUUCAUGAACUUUGGUCUUAUUCUCUGAAAUACAUAUAUUGGAUGUUGUACUGUUAUCUUUCCUUAUUCAGACUUUUGCUCCCAGGUCUGUGACUUUUAAACUUUGUUGGAGUCUUUACAGAUCUAUGUUUUACAUCAAGGUAGCAGAUGGCUUGAGUUAUUUUCAUCCUUUUCAGGUUUUUUAAUAAGACCAGGAGCCUGAAUUCCUACUAUCUAUGUAUGUAUGACUUGCACUGUAAAUCCGGUCACAUUUCUGUACUUCGCACCUUGCGUUAAACUUUCUCUUUUUUUCCCUUUGGUGCUUCAAGAAGAGUAGAAAACAAUACUGUUUGAAAGAGAAAUUGCUCACUUGUUGGUCAAGAAGGGCAAAGAAUUAACUGAAAUGUGGGAAGAGCGGGGAGAAGUAGCAAUGAGUUUAAAAUCUUUGUGUAAAAAAAGGACAAUCAGCAGUUUGGUAUAGCUACAUUCUAAUUUUCAGUAACUUGCCUAGAUGCACUGUGUUGUACGCCUUCUGCCCUGCCCAAGCCUAGCAGCCAUAUUAAGGCACAUGAUAAGUAUUUCUUAAGUCAGCAACCAACAAAUACAUGAUUAACACCCUGGUAUAAAUCUGACUAUUAGUAGAAUUGGUAAUUAACUUUUCAAGUGUUUCGUGGCAUUCUAUUCCAUGUUAAGACUAAGUUUUUGUAUCCUUAGAUUUAGUGUUAUUCUUGGAUAUUAAGGACCCUGGUGGCAACAAUUCACAGGAAGAAUGCUUUUUUUUUCCAAUUUUUUUUAUGGCUUGUUCACCCUUUUCUGAAUAAGAAUGUCACACUCAUAAAAAUGUACAUUUCACUGAUAUCCAGAUUGAAUUAUUAUCAUUUAUCCUCUUGGCCUAAUUCUGAAUAUUAUCAGACGUUGCACUUAAUUCAGACUACAGCUGUGAUAUGCUGCUUACCAUAGUUAGUAAAUUCAGAAAAUGGUCAUUGGUUUGCACGGCAAGUGGAAAGUGCCUUUACAAUUCUGUUCAGGCCAUAAAGAAUGUAAAUCAAUCUUAACAGGUCUGUUUUUCUCUCAUAUGUAUUAUAUAAUCUUUGUAAAGCUGUCUUUAUUCCACUGGCAUUUAAAGCAGAUGGAUAGCAACUCAAAACAUGGUCUUCUUGGUAAAUGCACCAAAAUUGAGCAACUACUUUCCAGGAGGAUCCCUCUUUUUUAUGAUUUUCCUUCUAAAAUCUGUUGACCUUAUAAUUGUAAAAGGAACAUAUUUGAGGUACCUUAAUUUUAAUUGUCUUAAGCAAUUUUAAAAAUGGAAUUAUUGCAUAAAUGAAUGUUUUAGGGGGAUUUUUUAUAACUGAAUUUUCAAGCUACUGUGGUUAUAAUAGUUAAAGCCAAGUCUCAACAUUUUCCUUCUCUGGGUCACAUUUUUGAAAUGUUCAAAGUGUAUUUGUGUGUCUGAAAUUGGGUUAAACAGUCACUGAAGUAGCAUAGCCAACUACUUUCAUGUGUUAAGAAUACAUUCAUGGCAUGUUUUACAACCCACAUCUGUUCUACAAAUGUCUUCAAAUCUAGAUACAUUCUGUAGGAACCUUUUUCUUCAGCAAUAUUGUAAUUUACCUAAGUAAAAUAUGAAUAUCAUGGUUCAUUGCAUUAUAAACAUAUGCACGAUCCUUUAUGAAAGAGUUAAAAAGUGCCAUUCUUCACAUUAUGGUAGUGUAGACUAUAUGAAGGAAAAGAAUUGUUGUUUAGAGGUGAAGAUAACUAACAUGAUUCUUUUCUUCUCACAAAACUCCAUCCAAAAGCGUUGAUCUUCAACUUCAGUUGAGAAGUAUGGAAGUGGUUAAAGAGGUUAGCUGAGGGAAAAUAGUUGGUAAUUCAGUUGACAAAGUGUCUGUGUUUUCAGGAAAUUGCAUUUAUUUAGUGUUUGAAUUCUUGUUAUGUGGAUUUCAGCCAAAGAAUCAUUCAGUGCCAGUGUUCUUUAAAAAUCAUCUUGAAAAAGAUAGAUAAUUUAAUUUUUCCACCCUGUUUAAAUUAGUAUUGAGGCAAACAUACAGACAAAAUUUCAAAGUAAGUUAUAUAAACUAAAUUUACAAUCCAGUGUGUAGCUUUUUCCCUUGCUGUACAACUGUGGAGUAAAUCUUGCUGUAUUCUAGUUCAGAAAUCAUAACCACAAGGAAGGUUUGUUCACUACUUAGGAAUGAAUGUCCAUCUGUUAGUUAUUAUCUCUGCUGUAAUGCAGCUCCUCUGAAUUAAUACAUGAGAGGAAUUGUAAGUGUUAUGUAUAUCUCUUCUUUGUUCUUUCUACCCUCCUACUUCAUGAAAUGAAGUCAAACAUUGUACAUUAUUGUUAAUAGAACAUACUCUAUUAAUAAUGCACUGGCUUUUGAGACCAAGUCUAAUACAGUGAUCAUGGUUGCACCAGAGAGACCUACGUUUAUCCACCUUCUUCAUCUUCAGCGAUGAAAAGUCAUUGAGUGGCUUUGAGCAGUAAUUUUCUCCCAGCCUGACUUACUCACAGGGCUAUGGUGGAGGGAAGAAUUGGAAUAACUUUGUAUGCCCCCUUGAAUUUCUAAGGGAAAGGUGAAGAUACAAAUAUAGCAAAUAAGGAAAUAAGUAGAUAAGUCUUUUUCUUGAAUCAUAUGAAAUGUUACACACCUGGUCCCCAAAUUCACAAUAUUCAUUUCCUUGAGGACUGGUCUGUAAAAUGUAAUGGUGACAGAUUGUGACUCCCUUCAGGAGCCUUUUUUGUCAGUAUAUGCAGAUAUCAGAAUAUUUUUUUAAAUUCUUACACAAGAAUUCUUUUCCCAAACACACAGUGUUCAUCUGAAUACUCUGCAAGAUCGGAUGAGCAACUCCAUAAGAUUUUUAUCUUUAUCAUCAGCCACAAAAUUUCCAUGAUUAAAACUCUUAUUGAAUGCUAGAGAUUAAUGAAAGAUUAAAUCCUACAAUGCCAUUGGAAUGAUUUACAGGACAAAGAUUAUGAGGAGCGAAAAGAAAGGAUUUAAAAUUGUACUAUUUGAUCAGAGUUAAACAAUUUGCACAAUAUUUCUGAUAACGUGUACUGGACCAUUUACUGAAGCAGAACUUAAAAAAAGACAAUUUAUGGGUUGCACAUACAAUAGAUAAAUGUUAGGCUCUGGGAAGAAAAGGUAAUUAUAAAAGGAAUAAAAAGUUACUAUAUUAGCUUAUGCUUGGUGUGCUGAAGGUUGGAGGCUACAGUUUUUACUCUCCCCCCCCCUUCCCCCGGUACCUUCUGGUUUAUUUUGAAUUUGUUUAGUGGUCACUAAAAACUUCAUUAAAAUUAUUUUAAAAAUAAUUACCUAUUUAUCUUAAUUAUGACAGAGAGGCAGGGUAUAUAUUUUCAAAAUUCAGUAGAAAUAGCAUCAUCUAUAAAGUAAAAUAUUAGAAGCUAACAAAGACCCUUUUGUAUAAGGAGACACACAAAAAAAAUUCACCUUUAUUACCAUGGGUACUGUGAAAACUAAAAUUAGGAGAGAUUGAAGUGAGCUAAACAACACCUUUGCAUUUUUCAUUUAUCUCAGAAAAUUGCCUGUCAAAUUGGGAGAAGAUUAAGAAGCUUAAAAAGCCCAGGUUGAAAGAGACAGAGCAGAUGGUAACCAGUUUUUGAAAAAAAUGAAUGUCAAAGAGAGAAGGAAGCUAAAGCUUUAAAAGACAAGGACAAAGCUGUAGAUCAAAUGAACUAACACAGCACUAAAGACUGCAAAUUAUGAUCCAGCAGUAAAUAACUGUUAUAUUUAGCCAAACAUGAUUAGCUAAAGAUUAAUAUAUAACCUUCUGGUCUCU